AUGAACAAGGAAAAACUGCUAACAAGUGAGGUAAUCUUAAAUCACAGCCUGGAAAUCAUCUGCCUUGUGACUGGAGAGGUGAGGAGGGCCAUCUUAACUCUUGUUUCUUCCUGUACAUCUCACCGUUUAUAGCAAACAAUGCAUUUUUAAGGAACCAUAUAAGCAUAUGUGAGAGCAGUACUACUCCAACGCGACAUUGAGUAAGGAAUAAGAACUAGACCUGUGCAAAAAUGUGUUUCGUCCACAUACAAAAUGAUUUGUCUUAAUCGAAUCUAUUUAGACAACCAUGAACAAAUUCAUCCAUCUGGGAAAUAAAUCAAUUUUAUUGGGUGUUGAUAAUAAUUUUUUAAAUUCAGACAAAUCAAAUUUGUUUAUUGAUGAAACUAAUCUUUGCACAUGUUUAAUAAGAAAUACAAACUUGAGGAUCAUAUUUUAGUGUUGUCUAAACACAAGUGAAACGCUUGGUGUUUAUGUUCUUGAUUCCAAGGCAAGUGUAUGUAAAGUGAAACUUAUCAUUUUGUCCUCCUGAUACACAGGAUUGUAUAGUUGUAAAGAAACAUGUGGAUAUUGACACAUGCAGCAGCAGUGCCCUUGUACCAGGAGAUUUAUGUGCAACACAGACCACCUUGUAUGAACCACAACCUAAUUCUGUUAUGAAAGAGACUGUUAAUGAUACUGCCCUAGAAUUUGCAAAGAUGCUGGAGCAAGCUCAAAAGAUACUCCAAGUCCUCAAUGAAGAGGUGAGAAUUUUUGAAACCUGAUUAUACCAGUUUUAAGAGACUGCAUAUUUCACAACAGGGAAACAAUUACAGAAAUUUUAGUUUGAUCCCAUUAUCCAGUAUGAUAAAUUAAUUCACCUAAAUCACAAUGGAAUAUUAGCACCUGUCAUGCCAAGAUGUGUGGGUUAUGUAAAUAAAGGGUUACACCAAGCACCAUGACCACUUCAAAUUCUAACUUGGUUAUGGUGCUUGGAAUCUGUAUGUGCAGCUUUUCACUAUAAAACACUGCACAUACAGAUAUAUAUUCCUUUGCUGUGGUAGGUAUAACACCACAUCGUGCAGUGUCAUUAGCCAGCCUGAAGAGUUGCAGGCUGACUAAUGUCGAUUUUGUCCACACGCACUGCAUAUUGGAGACAGGUGACCAAUGGCUCCCUUACCCCAGCCCUUCCUACCUAAAAUCCCUCCACCUCCAGCGGGCUGCUGGAAUUCAGCAUUGGAGUGGAGGUUAGUUUUAUUUUUUUUAUUUUUUUGUUUUUUAUUACAUUUUAUUUUAUUACAUUACUACAGGAUAGUAAGUGUUACGCUGACCAAAAAAUGUGUUUAACAAUAAUGUUUGCUUGAUGGUUAGCAAUAUGUCUAAGAUCUGCAUUUUCUGUUCAUGUCAAUAACCAUGUAUAUUUCAUGGAUUGCAGCAGGUAUACAUUUAAAUAUCUGUUGAGUUUUAUAUUUUCUAUUAUAUGUACAUAAUCUUAAUUUUAUUUCCUUACAGUACAGUACCUAUAUACCUAUAAAAAUGUUGGCAAGAUUAACCCCUUAAGGACACGUGACAUGUCAUGAUUCCCUUUUAUUACAGAAGUUUGGUCCUUAAGGGGUUAAGUAAAUUUCCUUUAUGGGUAACUAUUAAUUGUCAAUUUUUUUUAUUUUAUUUUUUAACUCUUUCAUUAAUAGUUUCCUUGCUUUUCUGGUGCUGACCCAGACAGCGGUGAGUAAAUAACAGAUUUUCUAAAAAUAUUUCAUAUGAAAGUAGUAGUCUUGUCAUUGUCUUUCUAUGUUAUUAGUUAUAAACAUUAUAUGAUUAGUUUAAAGAAAAAAAAAGUAUAUUAAAGGAACACUCAAAGCUUCAUAACCACUACAGUCUGUUGUAGUGAUUAUAGCGCAUCUGUCAAACAAUUUUAAAAUGGUACUAAUAUGACAAGGAGCCAUGCUAUCCCUGUACUCUAGGACAUUGUGAGACUGUCAAUUGGAGAUUUUGGGAGCCUUGAUUGAUUUUCUUGCACUUGUGCAAGCAGCUGCCACACUGAGAGAAGAUGUCAUUGCCACCAGCUAUCAAUCACAAUUUGCACAGGGUAUUAGAAGUCAGGCCUAUAUAGCAUAAUUUUUGUUUUUUGAGGUACCCUCUUCCCCCCUGCAACCAAAUGUACACACAUCACCUAACCAGUGUCAUUGUGCAGUGUAUUUCUGUGUGUAUUUAUAUAUGUAUCUCAUUCUGUCUGCAGAAAAUGGCAAACACUACUGUAAGGAUCAGAUCCAAUUCUCUGAACACCUGACUAACUUGGUUAAAUUAGUUAACAAAAUGAAGACUGACAAGAAUCAAAUGAAUGGAAAAAUCUUAAGUCAUACCUUGGAGAUCAUCCAUCUCCUAACUGGAGAGGUGAGCAUAGAGCAAUACCCAAGGUUUUACAUUGUACAAUGGAGGAAUGUUACUGAGGUACUUGAUAUAAUCAUUAGGCCAGUUACUACUGUAUUAAAAAAACAAACAAAAAAAAACAUUUUUCCAUUGCUUGUAAUGCUUAAAUAUUGCUUCCUGCCUGUGGUAGUAAUACAAAUUACGACUGAACUACAAGGUGUUAUCAAUAGAUAUCACAGAACAGUGUAAUUUAGACUUAGGAAUUGUUGAAUAUUUAAGGGAACUAUUAUUGUAGUGAUUAUCGUGCUAAGAUGUUUUUCCUGCAGACAUACCUUUUUAAUUCACGUACAUAUUGUCAUCUUAAUUUGUGGUACCAAAGCUCCAUCCCCUACCUGCUGACCUUAUGAUUAAUUAUUUUUCAGCCUAAGUCACUCUUUCAUUUGCAGGAUCUGCCCAGCUCAGAACUCUGUAUACGACAACAGGUAGUGUGCAGUACUACAUACACUCACAGCUCAGCUCCUUCAAGAACACUGAUUUGAGUGGUGGGAGCAUGUUCGCGCCAUACAUAUUUGGACAACUGAAUGGGGAGCUUGGCAGAUAGUCAGUGGGUGGGGAAAAAGUAUGAGUCAGUUAAAAUGUACGUUUUGCAGGCACAGAUUUCCAACCAUAUAUUCACUACAAUAAGAUGUAGAGAUUAUAAUGCUUGGUGUGCCCCUUUAACAACUGUUGGUAUUGCUAAACUGUCAAUUGUAAACUGUUGACAUCCGUUUUUCACAUUUCUCAUUAUAAUAAAUAACCUUGUAUGAUUUGCAUCCUCAUCUGAAAGAAUAGAAUAUGUCCUGUUUUUGAAAACGUAAAUUGAUGAAUCCCUUGCUUAUUCAGUUUCCCUGGUUAAAUUGGGAUGCUUCUGUUUAUAAAGCAUUCUGUUCGUACAAUGUGAAGAAUUCACUUCCGAACUUGUUCAAUGUACUAGGUUUUCCUAUUAAAAUGACAGCCUUUCUUACAUGUACACCUUAGCAAAUUAUUAUAUUGUGCUUGAGCACGGAUACAAUGUAAUAUACUUGUUAUAUUUUGUACCCCAAGGCAAAUUGAAGAGCAGAAGGAGAAAAUACGCAGUAUUUGGUCAGCAAAAGAGGUGAUGUAUUUUGUAGUUUAAACCUAAAAGUUUCAGUCACGGCAUAGCCCUUUAUCAGGGUUAGAACAAAAUUACUGCAACACAUCUGUAAGCUUCUGUACAAUUUCUUAGGUGUAAAACAAAACCUGUGAAAGAGCAGGAUAACCAAAGAUUGUGGGCAUAUACAAGCAAAUAAUGAGCUUUGAGUAUUUGACUAGUGCAAGAUCUGUAUGAAGCUCAAAUCACUUUGUUAUAUUAAUCCAGGUGAUCGGAAAUGAAAGCAAACUAAUUUCAUCCUUCCUAAAUUUGAUUGAUUAUUAGCUUUUAAGUCAGAUGAAAGACAUGUUAAAUAAAUAAGCGCAACUCAUCCUACUAGCCCUCAGAUGUAGAGUGAAACACAAAAAGGGUCAGAGCACCAACACCUUCUAUAAAAUCUUAAACACCUGACAUAGCAUAAUAAUAGCCAUAAUAAAGAGCAAAUCAGUAGUCAAUUUGUGUCUGUAGAGAUAUAUAUUCUGCAUAACACAACCUCCUAAUGAAACCACAUUGAAUAGUCCCAUGGAAGAAACACUAAAUUACAUUGAAUGCACUUCUAUCCCAAGAAAGUGAAACACAAUCAUCUGGGAAAUUACAGCUCAUUUACAGUUGUUGCAGAUCACCUAAAUACUGACUCAUAGUCUACUUUAAUUCAAAAUACAUGUAUUGUAUAGCGCUCCACAAAGACAGUGAUGUGUACUACUCAGCCUCCUUCUGUUCUUCAAAUUGCUUUAUGGCUUAGAACCCACUAUUUUACACUGACUGUGCGCAGUCAUUGGUGGAUAGGAUCAAUGACCUGCGGGUCUCCCACUGGCUGCACAUACUGUAACAGUGACAUGCAAAUACAGGUCUCUAAGUAAACUUAAUAACAUUUUCAUUCAUUUAGGAAACAAAAAAAAAAUACUGUUUAAUACAGUCAUUGUUUAAUGUAUCUAAUCUCUUUUUUCGUGCCCUUGUAUAAGCAGGAUCAUAUAGUGGUGAAGAGGCCUAAUGACAAUGUCAAUGCAGACAGCAGUCCCUGUGUGCCAGAAGAAGCCAGCAGUGCACAGAAUGUCAGCAAAGAUCCAACACCAAAUGCACUGAUGCUUGAGAGAAACAAUGCAAAGAAUAUUCUGGAUCUAACCAAUAAAAUUAUCAAUGUACUCGCUGCAAGGGUGAGUGUUUUUCAGGGAAACUGAAACAUUUAUGUUAUAGCAUGAGGUUGGUAAAAUGAGACAUUUUAUUUUAACUACUUGUUGACUCUCAUUUGGUCUUUCUGCAAAUGUGUAUUUUCGGUUUCACUAAUGUCAGUAAAGUAAAAUUUGACAUGCAACCCUCUCUUUAUAUUUUAUUUGGCAAAUUUACCUUUCAGGAGUUUAAAAAGUGCGAUGGUGGUGAGGUCAAUUCCACCAUGGAAGGAUAUUUCAAAGCUUAUGAGAAUUUUGUGAAGGACAGUGAAGAGGACCAGCCCCUCCUCUCACACGGUGAGAAUACAGUUCAUGAAAUGUAUUUUCAAAUAAUAUUCACAUGGAAAUGUAAUGCUACAUUGCCAGUUCCAAAACUCCUACAGCAAGAGAUGUUAGAGUUUUUUUGCCCUUACCAAUCCCCCAAGUAUUUUAAAUUAUUAACUUCCUGUCAUCUCUAGUCCCUUUUCUAUCCACACUUGACUGACGUUAUUGAAAGAGGCUUCACCCACAUUUUAUUUGUUGCAUGCUACCCUUUUCAGAUGUGUUGGGCAUGACAUCAGCUAUAGAUUAGUUUAAAGGGAUCCUAUAGUGCCAGGAAAACAAACCCAUUUUCCUGGCACUAUAGGCUUCUGGUGUCCCUUAGCGCUGGGUCAGGCUUCUCUGUGCUCCUCCCCUGCCGACGUCCGGCGGAGGGGGAGACCUAACACGCAUAAUUCAAUGCUUUUCCACUGGGAAAAUCUGAUGCUGGAGGUCCGUGAGGACAUCCAGCGUCAGAUGGCAGACCAAAAGUCUGUUUGGUUUCCGGAAGCCCUCUAGUGGCUGUCUGUUAGACAGGGCAGACUUAGAGCUGCAAUCUAAACAAUCAAUCAAUUAACUGAAGUGGUCUGGGUGCCUACAACUCCCUUUAACUUGUAUUAAACAGAUGUCUCCUUCAAGAGAGACAAAACAUAGACGAAGGACCUUGAUGACUACAAUUUGGACAAUAUUAGCCAUUAAGGGACUUCAUUAUUUAAUUACUGUUUAACUGAAAACAUAAAAUGUUUCUUCCUUGUGUUUUUGCUGUUGAUGCAUGAGUAUAUGGUUAAGCAAAGUCCAUUAUUUCACAUCAUGUCAGUGCUUGCAGACCCUUUCAUAGUAACUUAAUUUCAUUGUAACUUCUGUAAUAUUCGUGUUGAUAAAAGCUAGUUUUAACUACUGAUUUUGUUUCUUUCAGGUUUUAUAUGUUUCUAAUUUAAUUGCCUUAUUUUACAGAGACUUCUGCAAGUAGAGAUAGGACUGCUGAGUACUCAAAGAGUGACAUAGAUGAGCUCAGUCCUGGUUCCACAGAAGAGCUCCAAAACCGAAGGAAAUCAAGUAGAAGGAAGAGCAAGCCAGUGAGGAUUAUGUCUGCAGAUGUACCUGCAUGUACAAGAACAUUUUCAGUCUGCUCCACUAGCUCUAAAAGGAAAACUCAUACAGAGGACAAAAGUGUAGUUACUCUUAGUACAGAUUACAACAAAGGAGAUGCAAAUGUAGCACAAAAUGAUAAAAAUAUACCUACAGAAUAUAAAUGUUCAGAUUGUUUUGAGACAUUUAAAUGUCAAUUUGAAUUUACGUCACAUGAGUGUGCACAAAAAACAGAGAAUCCGUGCUCGAAUUUUCAUAAAGGAAUGUUAAAAAAUGAACCUGAAGAGGAAACCUGUCCGUCCGAGAUGGUCAUACAUCGUACAAGAUGCUCUGGAGCAAAACCAUAUUUAUGUACCCAGUGUGGGAAAUAUUUCAGCAAAAGUUCACACCUUGCUACACAUCAAAGAGUUCACACUGGAGAAAAACCAUAUAUGUGUUUGGAUUGUGGAAAAUGUUUUACAAGUAGUUCCACACUUGUUGAUCAUGAGCGGAUUCAUAGGGGAGAGAAACCUUUUGUUUGUUCGGAUUGUGGAAAAAGUUUUACAAAGAACUCAAAUCUUGUUGACCAUCAGAGAACUCACACAGGAGAAAGGCCAUUUGCAUGUAGGGAGUGUGGAAAGUGUUUUGCCAGAAGCUCCAACCUUGCUGAACACCUGAAGAUUCAUACUGGUGAAAAAUCAUGUGUUUGCCCUGAAUGUGGUAAAGCCUUUUCCAGAACUUCAAGUCUUCUGGAGCACCAGAAGAUUCACACUGGAGGAGAAACUUUUAUAUGUUCUGAAUGUGGUCAGUGUUUUACCAAGAACUCUAGUCUUGUCAGACACCAGAGCAUUCACACAGGAGAGAAACCAUUUGUAUGCACAGAAUGUGGUAAAGGUUUCUCCAACAGUUCAAAUCUUGUUCGACAUCAAAUUACUCACACUGGAGAAAGACCAUUUAUGUGUCCAAUUUGUGGGAGAUGUUUCAACCAGAACUCAAACUUAAUUUCACACAAAAAAACUCAUAAAGAUUGUGUGUGA